AUGACCGAGCAGAGUUCUAUUGUAACUGUUGAAGAUAAACAAGAAACAUUAAUCGGGAAGGUUUGCAACCCAUGGAUGUGGCGAGUUGCGAAUGGUUUCAUGGCCUUGUUUUUUGCCUUCGCCUCUUAUGUUCAGAUCAAUGACCCUGAUCCUGUAAUAUGGAUGUUGAUCUAUGCCAUUCCAUGUUUCCUGUGUAUUGCUUUAGUGAUUGAUUCAUCAUUACAAGAUCAUUAUGUAUGGAGGUAUACAGCAGUCAUUCAUGUUGUUGUCUGUAAUCUGGGUAUUUUUUACUCACUAAGUGUCCUAUUUGGGACUGAGAUCAGCUUCAAAAAUCCUCUGGAAUAUGAAGAAGGGAGGGAAAUUGGAGGCCUUUUGAUAAUCAUUGCCUGGUUAGGGCUCUGUUGGCUAAGAAGACUCAGAGGUUUUGGUGAAGCAAAUGUCUUUUUUUGGUCAGCCACAAUAGCUGUCUCUCUGACUCCAUUUGUUCUCUUGGGUUACUAUGUAAACACAUGGGAUGUGUCUGCCAUACAAAGCCACUGUAAAGAUAUAAUUUCAAGGCAUCUGUACAAAGAAAUUUAAAUAUGUGUAUUUCAGGAAAUGAUGAAAAAUCUAAUUCAAUAUGUCAAUAGAUCAGACCCCAGUUGUUUGAAGGAUGGAUAACCCUAUCCACUGGAUAAAUCUGUAUCAGGUGGAUAACGUUAUACAUUCUGCUAUUACUUAUUACCUGGAGAUUUAUCUUUUGGAUAGCAUUGUCCACCUUUUAAACAACUGGACCCAACAGCAUAUCUGGUCUCCUUCGCAGCCAAAGUUUGGACUCAUCACACAACACACUUGUAAUGUGCAACAUAGUGUGAGAACAUGCCGUGUGACAAGACCAAAAAUUAGCUGUGAAGGAGACCACAGCAUAUCAGGUAGAGAUAUAAAAUGAGGUCAGAAAAUUCCAAGUCCUUUUUCAGAAACGGCAAAUUUAAAUAAAGAAAUGUAGCCAGAGGUUAGCAUUUAUGAGAACUAGACGUAGCAGGAAUAAACAUCUGGUUCAUGUUGUUCGAAGGUUGGAUAACACUAUCUGAUUCACUGGAUAAAUCUCUAUGUGGUGGAUAGUGCAUUAUGUUUCACUAGCUCUCUUCCCCUGGAUAACAAUUUAUCCAUUGGAUAGUGUCAUCCAUCCUUGAACAACUGGGCUCUGGUCUUGAUCAUUGAUCAAGCUGAGAACAAAGAAAUAAAUAAUUAUACACAAAUGGUAUGUAUAACGAGAUAAAUAUAUAUAUAGACAUCCUUUAUUAACCUUUGGCCUUGUUUAUAGCCUAGAGGGGCUAUGAAAAAAAAAAUUAAUGGCAUAUAGAGAUUGCAAACCCAGAGCCCUGUAAUGUAAAAGACCAUUUUGAAUUUUUGUCAGUUGUUAUGGAGUUGUAGAAUGAAAUAAACCACUUUAUUCCCAAUU